AAAGGGUGUGCAGGGCUGAAGGAGUCGGGCUUAUACGUACGCACAGUUAAGGGUGUAACUUCGGAUGUCGGUAUAGAUUAAGAAAAGUUUCUCGUUAUAUACGAUAUCGAACUGCAAGGGGCGAAUUGUGAGCUGCAAGGGACGAAUAAGGAAUCUAUAACACUGAAUACUUUUUACAACCAAAACCAACAUGGAGGACGAGCAUACCAUUGUCACCUAUCGGCACUCCAGUACCUCACCCUCGAGGAACAGGGCAGACCACAUGAUGUCGGAAUUAGACCUGUUCAGGGCUGUUUCACAAGAGGGAAAUGACCUCCGGAGGGACAUGAAUAUUGGCCAGGGACGACUGGAAGCCACGUUGACGCAUAUGAAGAAUGACCUUAAAAGUCUUGUUGAAGAUGUCCAAGCAAAAGUUCAGAGAAACCAAAUGGAAAUAAGAAGCAUGGAACAAAUGAAGAAUGACCUUAAAAAGUUUACUGAAGAUGUCCAAGCAAAAGUUCAGAGAAACCAAAUGGAAAUAAGAAGCAUGGAACAAAAAUUGGAAAAAAUAUCGAAGCAGAGAGCAGAAAAGGACCAAAAGAUAAAGGCUCAUGGGUUGGCACAUAUCCUUACGGCUCAGGAUCUGAGAUCACCAUGGGUUUGGUGGCUGGUCUACAGAGGGCUUGUUUACGCUACAAACCGACACCAGGACGGGUUCUCAUACGCUAAACUAUCGCUAAGCUGGAACAUUAGACCCUUUCUGUCUUGCAGACAGGACGAAGAGCCGACUUCCUCUGCCUACGCUAUAAAGCGCACGGACGUCACGGGGCCAUAUCCCAAGGUGGUGUUCCUGGACGUGGGUGGUCUGGUAUUCACUACUAGGUUUCACAUACGCAUACGAUGCAACAGCAAGCACGCUCUACAUUUCGCCUCCCUGUGCACUGGCGAGCUCGGCUAUAACUUCAAAGAUGCUGAGGUUAUCUGGACUGACGGAGUGGUAUCCUUCGACGGGUUCAGUUUUACUAGGAUCCCUGACAAUUUUCUGAAUGCUGUCGUCACAGGUAAAUUGUCGAUUAGCGAGGUCGUGGCAGAUCCCUACACUAAGGGAAUUGUCGUGGCCCACUGCGACGAAAAAGACAACCUGCGCAGUUUCUCGCUGAGAGUGAAUGGCCACCGCAACACACUUAAGGGUGGUACAGACUACAUUAUUGGCUCUGUAAAGAAAAGGGAGAAUGAAUGGUUGGGGAAUAUUCAAAAGCAUUUUUUCAGCAGCCUGAGUAUAGUCGACUGUGGGACGGUGCUGAAUCGCCCGAUUGACAAGUCUGUAAUGUAUAUUUUCUUCAUGUGCGCUGGUAUUGUCAUGCUCAUUUCAUUAUUUCUAGGACUACAGGGAAGAGCUUGAUAUGAUUACUAAGAUCCUUCUAUUUGAGGGAGAUUGACGACAUCUCAGGCAUCAGAAUUACCUAGUUUCAAGGGCAUUCUCUCUCACUCUCUCUCUCUCUCUCUCUUGCUCUCUCUCACUCUCUCUCUCUCUCUCUCUUGCUCUCUCUCUCUCUCUCUCUCUCUCUCUUGCUCUCUC